UUGCAUGAGGACCUCCCUCCUGAGGAUAAAGAGGCCCAGAGGCCCAGCCAGCCUUGGGCUCAGAGGCAGAGCUCAGGGCACCUCCACCAUGGCCUGGACCCCUCUCCUGCUCCCCCUCCUCUCUCUCUGCACAGGUUAUGUGGCCUCUUCUAAGCUGACUCAGCCCCCGGGGGUGUCUGUGUCCUUGGGAGGGACGGCCAGCAUCGCCUGCCAAGGAGGCAACUUUGGAAGCUAUUAUGUUCACUGGUACCGGCAGAAGCCUGGCCAGUCCCCCGUGCUGGUCAUUUAUGAAUACAACAAGAGAGCCUCAGGGAUCCCGGACCGGUUCUCUGGGUCCAACUCAGGAGACACCGCCACCUUGACCAUUAGCGGGGCCCAGGCUGAGGACGAGGCCGACUACUACUGUCAGUCAUCUGAUGAUAGUUAUACUGUUCCGUUCGGCGAUGGGACCCAUCUGACCGUCCUCGGUCAGCCUAAAGCCGCUCCCACGGUCAGCCUCUUCCCGCCCUCCACUGAGGAGCUCAACACCAACAAGGCCACCCUGGUGUGUCUAAUAAGUGACUUCUACCCGGGCGCCGUGACGGUGACCUGGAAGGCAGGCGGCACCGUCAUCACCAAGGGCGUGGAGACCACCAAGCCCUCGAAACAGAGCAACAACAAGUACGCGGCCAGCAGCUACCUGGCCCUGUCCGCCAGUGACUGGAAAUCUUCCAGCGGCUUCACCUGCCAGGUCACCCACGAGGGGACCAAUGUGGAGAAGACAGUGACGCCCUCCGAGUGCGCCUAGGUCCCUGGGCCCCCACCCUCAGGGGCCUGGAGCCACAGGACCCCCGCGAGGGUCUCCCCGCGACCCUGCUCCAGCCCAGCCCUUCCUCCUGCACCUGUCAACUCCCAAUAAACCGUCCUCCUUGUCAUUCAGAAA